AUGAAAAGAUGUGGCAGCAGGUCUGGGGAAGAGGCGGCCGGCAACAUAUCUGGCCACAAAGGUGGUAAAAAGAAGCCCCUGAAACAGCCCAAGAAGCAGAGCAAUGAGAUGGACGAGGAAGAUAAGGCUUUCAAGCAGAAACAAAAAGAAGAACAGAAGAAACUCGAGGAACUAAAAGCGAAGGCCACAGGGCCCUGGGGACGCUGUGCGGGCGACUGCGGGCCGGGCGGCGUCCAGAGCCGCGCGGUGUGGUGCUUCCACGUGGACGGGUGGACCAGCCACCCGGCCAGCUGCGAGGAUGGCGGCAAACCGGCGGCGGAGCGGAGCUGUUUCCGCGUGUGCGACUGGCACGGCGCCCUCUACCGGUGGGAGGUGUCGGCCUGGCAGCGCUGCGCGCUCGCCCCGUUGGCGCCCGGGGAGGCCCGGCCUCGGCCCCAGGCCUGCGUGACGGCGCAGCACGGCCUCCAGCACCGCGCGGCGCGCUGCGUACACGCGCUCAACGGCACCCAGGCCGCCGGCGACAUCUGCCAACACUUUGCCCCUCGGCCCCCCACGGAACAAGCCUGCCUCAUCCCGUGCCCCCGAGACUGUGUGGUGUCCGAGUUCUCCACCUGGUCCCCGUGUCCCGCGGGCUGCGGCAAGCACCUGCAGCACAGGACGCGCGUGGCCAUGGCACCCGCGCUCUAUGGAGGCCUGCCGUGUCCAAACCUUACGGAGGCUCGCACCUGCGAAGCACCUGCCUCCUGUCCCCGAGGGGAGGAGGAGCACACCUUCAGGCUCAAGGUGGGCCCCUGGAGUCGAUGCAGGUUACCUCAUUGGAAAGACCUGAACCUCAGCGGAAGAACGGCCCUGGAUUUUAGCUCCGACUCAAAAGAGCGAGCCCCUUUCAGACACAAGUCCCAUCCGCACCCCACACCCUGGGACCUAGAGACUGGCCACCAGACCCGACAGGUGUGGUGCACACGGAGUGACGGCAGGAAUGCCGUGCUCAGCUUGUGUGCACAGGACUCCUUCCCUUUGACAGUUCAAUCCUGCAUCAUGCCGAGAGACUGUGAAACCACCGAGUGGUCCUCCUGGAGCCCUUGCUCGAAGACGUGUCACUCAGGGAGUCUCUCUCCAGGUUUUAGGAGUCGGAGCCGCAGUGUGAAGUGCAUUGCUAUUGGAGGUGGGAAGGAGUGCCCUGAACUUCUUGAGAAAGAGGCCUGCAUUGUAGAGGAAGAACAUUUACAGCCCUGUCCCAGGUAUUCCUGGAGGACUUCAGAGUGGAAAGAAUGCCAAGUCUCUCUCCUCCUCGAGCAGCAGGACCCCCACUGGCAUGCGACAGGACCUGUCUGUGGUGGUGGCAUCCAGACCCGAGAAGUGUACUGUGCCCAAAGCGUCCCAGCGUCCUCUUCACAGAGGGCCAAGGAAGUUUCUAGACCCGUGGAGAAGACGUUGUGCCUGGGACCUGCUCCCCUGUCCUCUCAGCUCUGCAACAUCCCUUGUUCUAUGGACUGUAUCGUCUCGUCCUGGUCGGCCUGGGGCCUGUGCAUCCAUGAAAACUGCCACGACCCUCAGGGGAGGAAAGGAUUUAGAACGAGACGGCGCCAUGUCCUCAUGGAACCCACAGGCCCGGCAGGACAUUGCCCUCAUUUGGUGGAAUCUGUUCCUUGUGAAGAUCCUAUAUGCUAUCGAUGGCUGGUAUCUGAAGGGAUCUGCAUCCCCGAUCAUGGAAAAUGUGGCCUGGGGCAUCGUAUCCUGAAGGCCAUCUGCCAAAAUGACCAUGGAGAAGACGUAUCAGGGAGUCUCUGCCCAGCACCUCCUCCUCCAGAACAGAUUGCUUGUGAAACCCCUUGUCGAAUGGACUGUAUGGUGAGCGAGUGGUCAGAGUGGUCAUCCUGUUCCCAGUCCUGCUCAAACAAAAACUCAGAUGGCAAACAGACCAGGUCAAGGACGAUCCUGGCUUUGGCUGGAGAUGGUGGGAAAGCAUGCCCCCCGACUCAGGCCCUCCAAGAAUAUCGUUUAUGCAAUGACCACUCCUGUAUGCAACUCUACUGGGAGACGUCACCUUGGAGUGCCUGUUCUGAAGACACACUGGUCACUGCCCUUAAUGCAACCAUUGGCUGGAACGGAGAAGCGACAUGUGGCGUGGGCAUUCAGACACGGAAGGUCUUCUGUGUCAAGAAUCACGUGGGACCAGUGAUGGCCAAAAGGUGUCCAGAGUCCACGAGGCCAGAGACAGUUCGCCCAUGCCUCCUCCCAUGCAAAAAGAACUGUGUUGUAACGGCAUUCAGCGAGUGGACUCCCUGCCCAAGGGCGUGCCAGCCAGGAAAUGCCACAGUAAAACAGUCUCGAUACAGGAUUAUUAUCCAAGAAGCAGCUAAUGGAGGUCAAGAAUGCCCAGAUACCUUAUUUGAAGAGAGAGAAUGUGAAGAUGUUUCAUUCUGCCCAGUCUAUCGGUGGAAGCCACAGAAAUGGGGCCCUUGUGUCUUAGUGCCAGAAUCUGUCAGGCAGGCAAUCGCGGGCACCAGUGAAGCUUGUGGAAAGGGGCUACAGAUGAGAGCUGUCUCUUGUGUUUCUGAUGACAACCAGUUGGCAGAAAUGACAGAAUGCCUCAAGCAGACACAUGGCAUGCCUCCCCUUGCGCAAGAAUGCACAGUUCCGUGUCGAGACGACUGCACGUUCACUGCCUGGUCCAAGUUCACACCUUGUUCAGGGAAUUGUGGAACCACUCGAAGCAGACGGCGACAGCUCACAGGGAAAAGCAGAAAGAAGGAGAAAUGCCAGGAUGCUGAUAUGUACCCUCUAAGUGAAACAGAACUAUGUCCUUGUGAUGUGUUUAUACCCCAACCUUAUGGAAACUGGUCUGACUGCAUUCUUCCGGAAGGCAAAAGGGAGCCUCAGCGAGGAUGGCGAAUACAAGGAGACGGCAGAGAAUGUGGCGAAGGUGUGCGUUUCCGAGCAAUAUCCUGUUCUGACAAAAAUGGAAGACCCGCUGAUCCAUCCCACUGCAACAGUUCUGGUUAUAUUCAAGAAAAAUGUGUCAUUCCCUGUCCAUUCGAUUGCAAGUUAAGUGACUGGUCUAGCUGGGGGUCUUGCAGCUCAUCUUGUGGGGUUGGAGUAAGGAUUCGAUCCAAAUGGUUAAAAGAAAAGCCUUACAAUGGAGGUCGCCCAUGUCCCAAACUGGAUCUCAAGAAUCAGGCUCAGGUGCAUGAGGCAGUCCCAUGCUACAGCGAGUGCAAUCAGUAUUCCUGGGUUGUAGAACACUGGUCUCCAUGCAAAAUCAACAACGAGCUGCACUCCCUGCGAUGUGGAGAAGGAAUGCAAUCGAGGAAAAUCAGGUGUGUAAAUACUGCUGACACAGAACAUGGGACAGUGGACAAUAGCCUGUGUAACCAAGAUGAAAUUCCUCCGGAAACCCAGUCUUGUUCUCUGCUGUGCCCCAAUGAGUGUGUUAUGUCUCAAUGGGGACCGUGGAGCAAAUGCCCACAGUCAUGCGACCCCCACACCGUGCAGAGAAGGACCCGCCAUCUGCUGAGACCUUCAAUGAGCUCAAGGACCUGCCCUGAAGACUCACAAGUGCGGCCCUGCCUCCUUAAUGAAAAUUGCUUCCAGUUCCGGUACAAUCUCACAGAGUGGAGCACGUGCCAGCUGAAUGAAAAUGCCACCUGUGGACAAGGCAUCAGGACCCGCCUUCUGAGCUGUGUGCGCAGUGACAACAAGCCAGUGGCCAUGGACCAGUGCGAGCAGCGCAAUUUGGAGAAGCCUCAGAGAAUGAGUGUUAACUGCCUGGUGGAGUGUGUGGUCAACUGUCAGCUCUCGGGGUGGACAGCAUGGACUCAGUGCUCACAGACCUGUGGUCAUAGUGGUCAAAUGAGCCGGACUCGAUCUGUCAUUAUGCCAACCCAAGGAGAAGGACGUCCAUGCCCUGCAGAGCUGACCCAGCAGAAAACCUGCCCAGUGACGCCCUGCUACAGCUGGGUCCUUGAUAACUGGUCCGCAUGUAAAUUGGAGGGUGGAGACUGCGGCGAAGGAGUACAAGUCCGAAGCCUUUCCUGCGUGGUCCAUAAUGGCUCAAUGACAUACACACCUAUGCACGUAGAUGACGCACUGUGUGGGGAAGUGCCCUUUCAAGACUACAUCCUGAAGCAGUUCUGCUCUGUGCCCUGCCCAGGAGACUGCCAUUUAACCCAGUGGUCAGAGUGGAGCCCAUGUGAACUAACCUGCAUCGACGGAAGAAGCUUUGAGACUAUGGGUCGUCAGACUAGGUCACGGACAUUUAUAAUUCAGUCUUUUGAGAACCAAGACAGCUGCCCCCAGCAGGCCCUAGAAACACGCCCUUGUACAGGAGGCAAGUGCUAUCACUACACGUGGAAAACAGGUCUUUGGAACAAUAAUGAGCGAACUGUGUGGUGCCAACGCUCAGAUGGUGUUAACGUCACAGGAGGCUGCUCCCCCCAGGCCCGUCCCGCUGCUAUUCGGCAGUGUAACCCAGCCUGCAGAAAGCCCUUCUCCUAUUGCACGCAGGGCGGCAUCUGUGGUUGUGAGAAGGGUUAUACAGAGAUCAUGAGGGCAAAUGGGUUUCUGGAUUACUGCAUGAAAAUACCUGGCCUAGAGGAUAAGAAAGCUGACGUUAAAAAUCUUGCUGGAAAGAACAGACCUGUGAACUCAAAAAUCCAUGAUAUUUUCAAAGGAUGGUCUCUUCAACCCCUUGAUCCAGAUGGUCGAGUAAAAAUGUGGGUUUAUGGCGUUUCAGGUGGCGGUUUUCUUAUCAUGAUUUUCCUAGUAUUUACUUCCUACCUUGUUUGCAAGAAGCCAAAACCACAUCAAAGCACACCUCCCCAACAGAAGCCUCUGACCUUAGCCUACGAUGGAGAUUUAGACAUGUAACCCGAAAAAGAAAUCCAAAUGUAGACAUCAACUGCCUUAACCGCUUUCUCUUUUGUAGCUCUCAGACUUCUCAGUUUUUUGAGGAAUCUCAUGAUGUGAUAGACCAGGCAGAAUGCAAAUCUCGCAAAAGUAAUUUUGCCUCAACUUCCUGGAUGUGGAGUCAAAGAUCAAUAGGUCUGCCAUUUUUGUUUCAGAGUUGUUUGUGGGUGUGAGUGUUUUCCUUUGUAAUUUUUUUGGUUUCCCCAAGGGACCCGAAAGCCCUGCUCUUCCUGUUUGGAAAUGGGAGGAAGGAACCAUGAUGGGAUUCUCACAGACUUGAGUAAACUUUAUCUUCAGCAGCAUGAUGACAAUCCAGAGGAAAGUCCAUUCAAGGCAUUUACCGUCAAUGAUGAGUCUGACACUGCACCGUUACGCACUAUAUUAGUGCACAUCUUUUUUCUUCCCAUAUUUCAACACUGAGUUUUCUAGAGUUUACAUUGGUUCAAAAACUUUCAAAUUGGAUUGCCUAUUUUCAUGAACACAGAGAGAAUGGGUUGCCAUUUCAGAAAUUCUCUGAGUUUUUACCUUUAAAUAUUAUAUUUUAUUUUGUAACUGGGGUGGAUGGCACUUCAUGGGUGAAUUGUAGCAAUUAAAAAUGUUAGAGUGUGCAUAAUUUCUGGACUGAAAGCUAGGUGGGUCUUGAUGGAAAUAAUGCAUUGAAUGUUAGAGGUAUACAGAUGAAAUAGGUGGUUAAAUUGGAGAGUGAGGUAGAUUAUUGGAGUACUAAAAUGGUAUUUUAAUAAAAAUUUAGCCACGUAAGUAGAGCAUUAGUCCUACACAGUUGUAAUUCAGUUUAAUGACGGAAACUCUGCUUUUCUAAUUUCAAUUUUCUUAUCUGGGUAUUUAUAAAUUCUUCUUUUUAUUUAAUUAUCUGACCUCAUUUAAUAUACAUCAAACACUGAUCCUGUUUGUAGAAAGUCUUGCUUUUAUAAUGUUUUAAUUAUUAUCUAAAACAGUACAUUAAAAACAGACCAUUUUAUGGAGAUAAUUGUUUGUAAUCAUAGGUGUUGAAAGUAAGAAGGUGCCAUCUUGUGGUAUUGACUUGUAUUUAUAACAAAUAAAAAGCUCAAGAGACUG